AUGAAGGGUGAUAUGAGAGGUACAUUUUCAUAUUAUCUGUAUAGUGGGACAGAACAAGUGCUGGAAGCUGAACUAAUUGCUGGAUUCAAUGCCGCGGUUCCUGGGCAGGGGGCUAGUCCUAAGCGGGAGAAAGGACACCAGGCCCACCGCCAGUCCAAUGGCGAAUCCACAAGUCUCCCCCUCCACAACAACCGCCAUCCAGCGCCUCCCCCUGAGCUGGGCGCGAGCCUACUCGACACCUGGUGGCACGCGCACAGCGACGCGAGCUACGCGCAGCUCAUCCAAUGCCUGAACGCCUACCUCGACGAGCGCGCGCCGAAUCCAAACAACGUCGCGCAAAUACAUCCACCCACGGAAUCUACUAAGAAUGCGCUUCUGCAGAUCAUGCUCUACCUCCGAGAAAACCCGGGCUAUACGGUUUUCAUUGCGAAGUUGGGCGAGUAUUUGGAUCAUGUUGAGGCGCUGUGUGGGGAGAAUGGUGUUAAUGGAGAUGGACAUGGCCAUGGAAAUGGAGUGGAUCAAAAUAUGAUGGCUGCGGAUGGUUCAUGUCCCUUUUUCCAGAAUGGGUAUGUUAAUGGGGCGCCCCAACUGGCUCAAAAUGGAGUUGGUGCUGAUGCGACGACUGCCGCUGGUGUUAAACGGGCUAUUGUUGAUGUUGAUGGCGCGCCCCAUGCCGCGGAGUAUGCGGGUCAGACGAAAAAAGAACGUCUGGGUUGA